AUGCGAAGUGCACCUGUUCGCAUUGCCUGCAGAAAAGCAAAACGCAAAAUUUCCUCCAAAAAGCAAAACAGUGGUUUGCCAGAGAGAGGAAGGGACCAACAAAAAAGUGAAGACUUAUUCUAGGUCAAUAGACAGAACUGGAGAUUGGGAAUGCUUCUCUUUGUAGAAAUGGAGAGAGAUCGUAGUACUGUUGGAAACAACCCACGAUUGACUUUUCCUGCAUAAUCCCAUUAAAACGGAACAGGAGCUUGAAUGGGAUGAAAAUAUAGUCACAUAAGAAGUUAUAAUAUUUUUUCUUCAAGAACUGAAAUUUAGUACAUGCAAUUUAAGGGCGUGUUCCACCCUCCCUCUUCUCCCGUCGCACUGUCAUUAAUACGACACAGACAGACAUGAAAACAAAGUCAAUAAUACACAAAUAUUAGCCUGAAGGAAAUCAAUCGUGCUGGAAUUACUGUCAGGGGGAGAAUCUGGGGAAGGCGGAGAGGUGCAGCCACACUUUCCUAACAGUCCCUAUAACUAGUCAUCGUAGAAGAUUAUAAAACAGCUGGAGGGCCAAGUUUGGCCAUGCCUGAAUAUAAGGGAUGACACGAUUGGCUAAAAGCGGGUGAGAGUCGGCGGUCUUGGGGAUUUAGUUAGAGACCCUCUCUAAUCAUUCGACCACUCCGGGUCAAAACAGAGAAGCCUACUGCCCCCCCCCCCCCGAAGUUUAAUGAGACGAUGGUCCUUUAAGGGGAGGAGGAGCUAAGUAACUGACGUCAUUAUGCUGGUGUAUGUGAUCCAGGAAAUAGAAGAAUCCCGAGGAACCAUUUUAAACAGUGCGAGGAGUUUCAAUGGCGUGAACAACAUCAAGAGCCGAGCGCUUCCGAUGGAUACGGGUUUAUAAAGGUAAGAGGAAGAUGCACAUAAUGCCAAGUAAAGUGAGGAAACUGAGAGUAUUCCUUCCAAACAUUAUAGAGCUGCGCGUAGUGUUGUGGAAACGAAAUAUUAUAUUUUUGGUGGGAGAUUUUUGUGUGUUUCUAUAAAUGUGUGUGUGCCUUAAAAGAGUACCUAAAAUCCAGCAAAAGUUAAAUCCGUGUCUCUAGGAAGUGCUGCAAUUUAUUUACUUUUUACUUCUAAGGAGUUCAUUUACACAUUACUUUUGCAGUUACUCUCCAAUAUAUUUCUCAAGCUGAAACCCUGUUGUUUUAUCAAAAGUUUCUAGAUCUUAAAUAUACAAGCUCCAUUGAAAUAUGUUGAACUUUCUUCCGAGGAGAUUCAGGAUAGAGUUGAUAGGGUGCAAUUCAAAAGCCACUCAUAAAUGCUGUGGUAGCAUUUCUGCCAUUGGAUGGUUGACUUGACACUAUUUUAUUUUUUAUUUUUUUUAAAGUAAUUUUUAUUAAAGUUUUAAACAACAACAAAAAAAAACAACACACACAAAAAACAACACAAAAUUCAACAAUAAAAAAAACAAAAAACAUAACAAUUAAAAACAAUAUCUCUUUUCCAUUUCCAUUUUUAAGUUACUUAUUUUCUGGACUUCCUCAUACCUCCCUCUUUUGUAUUCCAAUCCAAAUUAUUUGUCCAGCAGUUUCUUUUCCACUUUUUUAAUCCCAAUCUUUAGUUUGAUAAAAUAUUAAAAUAUAUAACUUCAACUUCUUUAAACCUAAUCCUUGGUCUUAAUAUCAUAUACCAUUAAAAUUUUCCCUCUUAAUAUCAAAUUUCCAUUUUUUAAAACAUCUUUAAUCUUAAUCUUUAAUCUUAGUCUAUCAUUAACUUUAACCUGUACAGCUGGAAACCACUUAUUUUCAGUCCAACAUCACUCUAACAUUCCUUAAUUUUGCAGUGUUUCUGAAGAUAGUCUUUGAAUUUCUUCCAAUCUUCCUCCAUCGACUCUUCUCCCUGGUCACGGAUUCUACCAGUCAUUUCCGCCAAUUCCAUAUAGUCCAUAAGUUUCAUCUGCCAUUCCUCCAGCGUGGGAAGUUCUUGUGUCUUCCAAUACUUUGCGAUGAGUAUUCUUGCUGCUGUUGUUGCAUACAUAAAGAAAGUUCUAUCCAUUUUUAACACCAUUUGGCCGACUAUGCCCAGGAGAAAGGCCUCUGGUUUCUUAGGGAAGGUAUACUUAAAUACCUUUGUUAAUUCAUUAUAUGUCAUUUCCCAGAAAGCCUUAAUCUUUAGAGCACGUCCACCAAAGGUGAAAAAAUGUACCUUCAGUUUCUUUACAUUUCCAACAUUUAUUAUCGGGCAAGUGAUAGAUUUUCGCAAGCUUGAGUGGGGUUAUGUACCACCUGUAUAUCAUUUUCAUAAUAUUCUACAUUAAGGAAUAACAUGCCGUAAAUUUCAUACCUGUGGUCCAUAACUGUUCCCAGUCAGCAAACAUAAUGUUAUGUCCAAUGUCCUGUGCCCAUUUAAUCAUAGCCGAUUUUACCGUUUCAUCCUGAGUAUUCCAUUUCAGCAGCAAGUUAUACAUUCUUGACAAAUUCUUAGUUUUGGGUUCUAACAAUUCUGUUUCUAAUUUGGAUCUUUCCACCUGGAAGCCAAUUUUCCUGUCCAAUUUAAAUGCCUCCAUUAUCUGAUAAUAAUGAAGCCAGUCUCGCACUUUGUUUUUUGACUUGACACUAUUUUAGUGUCCUCAUUACAGCUAUUGAUUUCAGUGAAGCCUAAUUCUGAAUAAAUGUUUUUCUGUGUAACUGUGCUGAUUGGAUCUGUGCAAGCUAGAGGAGAACUUAUGCUGGUAACAAGAUAUUAGACUGCUCAUCCAUGACUUGAGCUACAUUAUGUUUUCCCAUCCUGGUAAUCCUCUUCCAGAAAAGAUGCAGAAGAACAAUAAAGAUAUAUUUGUGUUUGGGCUACCUCUGCAUUUCAAAGUGUUUGCUUAAAACUGAUGGUGUGAAUAAGGUAAAUAAGGAUUUGCAAAUGUGCAUCAUCCAGGCAUACUUGUCAGGAAGCUAUUAUUGGAUGCAGUUUGUUGUACUAUAUACUAUGUAGCCAAAGACACCCACAACUGGAGGCUGCAAUUAGCAAAGGAUGAUUAGCGCACCUCACUUGCCCCGCUAAAGGUUGGAAUCUCUCUGCCCUGAACUCCCCUUCUCAAUAUUCACGAGUUGGACUUUGACCUUUCAUCUGCUUUCCCUGAGAAUGAUGUGCAUGCCUUGUGAUAUGUUACUUCCUACCAUUACUUCCUAAAACGGCUUCUGCAGUUUCCACUGAAAUGAUAUAUACUGCUUUGCUGUUUCAUAGCCAAACAUUCUCUAUGUAAUGUGUGAAAUGGCCAUUAGGGAGAGUACAGACUUCAGUGACGGUCCCUAUAUAGACAACAGAAAGAGCCAAAGUAUGAAAAGUACUGUACUAUAUUGUACUCAAGGAACAUAUAUAAAAGGGUAACAUGGUGCACAUAGGACAUUGUGCAAUAUACAUACACAAUGGAAUGUUGGUCAUUCCUCUAUUUAGACAGUUGACCAUGGUAGCCAUUCGGAAGCUUGUUGAUUUAAAUAGGCAUGGGAUUUCUCCUGAACACAUCUGAAUCCUUGUGCUGGAUCAAUAUAAUACCCCUGGUUACUGGGCAUUUCAGUCCUCUGAAGGGUGGCCCACUACCCUAUAACCUGUGCACAUACUGAGAUUGACAGCUGAGACCUUAUCCUCGUACCUCCCAUGUUCAAGAGAGUACAGGGCCUUUUCUGUUAUGGUGCUCCAAUUACAGAAGGCUGUCUCCAAAAAUACUCUUUUUGCACCCAUUUUUCUCUUAACUUGUGUUCAGUUAUACCAAAGCUCUAUGGUUUUAGUUUCAGGAGCUGUUUAUUGCCAUUCAAGACCCACACAGUGGGUCCUGCCGAGCCUGA